CAUCAUUUUGAAACUUUGUUCAGUUUUGCUAUUAGAAGGUUGCAACCGGUACCAUCAGUGUCUUUCACAGGAAGCUCUUUCAUUUGCCUGCUUGAAGCAAUCGAACGGAUCAAAGCCGUUUCCUCCCAUCUUUAAUAGCUGGCCAUCUAUUUCCUUGCAAAUAAUGCGACAAUCCACCAGGUUUUUCUCCAAGCUAGCCACGGCAACAGCGCUGCUGCUGGCCUUGAAUGUCGCCAAAGCUUUUGGUUUCACAGGCAGAUCCCAAAAUUAUUUCCAGCCACAAUGUGGCGCUUCCAAAUUGGCUGUCGCAGCCCUUACUGCAUCUGAACAACGCGACGAUGUCGGCACGGACAGUAUUUCUCCGUCUGUCCAAACGGACCGAUUUCAUCAAGACAUGAAACGAGUGUUGGAGUCUCGGCCCGAAAGCAACCUUGUCAUUGAAAUGGCUGAAAAGUCAGCUCUCGAACGUCGACGAAGACCCGAAAUACUGGAGGAUGAUAAGGAUGGCGUGCAGCGAGUGUUGACCAUGCUCAACAGAAUGAUCCAAUUGGGCAUUGCCACGGAAGAAACAUUUCAGAUUGCCAUGCGGGCAUGUCUCAAACGAAAAAGAUUGAGAUGGAGAAACAAAGAAGAUUCUCGCCAAAUAGUUUGUGCGGCAGACCAACUGGAAGAGUUGGUCAAUCAGCUACGACCACUCACAUCCAACAUUUCCGUGGAAACAUACCAAUUGGUUCUGGAAGCAUAUGCCACUUGUUCUACACCUCGUGGGGGGAGAAACUAUGCCAGAAAAGCAGACUCGUUACUGCGAAUAAUGCAAGAAGAAGGAGUCUUUGGAAUGGAAGGAGUGGAGAAUGUGGGAGAAGAUGACCUGGUUCCCCCUGAAAUCGUGGCACAUGUGUUGCAUGCAUGGUCAUGGCAACAAGCAAACCGACAACCAGGAGAUUGCGCAACAAAGGCCAACCAGUAUCUAGAGCAGCUUGAAGCUCUCUCAGAAAGGGAUCCUAUAGAUCCAGCAAUCUUGUUGCAAUGCUAUGAUUGGUGCCUGGAAGCUUGGUCCAAGAGUGGGUCCCCAGGUUCGAACCUGAAGGCAGACCAAGUUUUUGCUCGAAUGAAGAGUUUGAAUCAAACUCAAUCAGAAUCCUCCAUUCUGGAUACAGAAACGUAUACCAAUGCCAUACUUUCGUGGUCCAAAUGCCGCGACCCGGGAUCCGCCGAACGCGCCCAUGAAUUGCUGGUGGAAAUGUUGCAACUGUAUAAACAGGGAGCUUUUGUUUCCACCGAACCGGAGCUGAUUGCUUUUAAUGGAGUAAUCACGGCGUGGGCCAAAGUUGGAAAACCUGAAAAGGCCAGGGAAGCACUUCGGUUGAUGGAAGAUAUAUUGUCACGCUGCAAGAACCUGGUACCAGACGUCGUAUCGUACAACACGGUGUUGCAUGCGCACGUCAUGAGCCCCAACAAGAAGAAGGCACUCAAGGAGAUUAGGACUACUGUUCAGUACUUGGAGGAGAACUGUAUCGAACAACCUGCCAUUUCACCGGAUAGUUUCACCUACAAUACACUCAUGAAGGCAUGGAUCCGAAGCGGCGAGCCUGGUUUGGCCGAGCAGUCGGAACAGACUCUGCGAAAAAUGGAGAUGCUAUGGCAUCGAGGAGAUGACAAAUGUGAACCAACAAAUCGACAUUACAACGUGGUCAUCAAUGCGUACGCCAAGAGUUCAGAUCCAUUUGCUGGGAAGAAGGCGUAUGAUUUGCUACAGCGAAUGAAGGGUGGUUCGUUUCGCAGCAAGCCAGAUAUCAUUUCGUACACAUCUGUCAUUGAAAGCUAUUCCAAGAGUGCCGACCCUGAUGCUGCUGAAAUGGUACUCGAGUUGCUGGAAGAGGCAUUCUCGGUACACGAGCAAACCGGUGACCCAUCCAUGAGGCCGAAUCUCCGAACGUUUACCAUGGUGAUUCUGACGCUUGCAAAUUGCGGUGGAAGUAUAGUCAAGGCUAGGGGACUGCUGACUAGGUUGCUAGACCUUUAUGAAGAAACCAAGGAUGAAGCAUUGCUGCCCAAUGCGUAUCCAUACAACUAUGUCUUGAAUUGCGCGGCAAACACUCUGGAGGACAAAGCACAAGCCUUCAAGUUGGCGACACAAACAUAUCAAGAAAUGAGACAGUCUCCGUACGUAUCCCCGGACAGUUACACGUACGCUUUUUGGUUCAAGUGCUGCAACAAUCUUCUGAGUGACAAGGAAUUGAAAGGCAAAUGCCUGUUUUACGCUUUUGACGAGUGCCGAAGGGAAGGCUUCGUGUCCAACACAGUGUUGAACCGACUGCAACGGGCAACCCCACCGAAGGUGUUGUCAGAAUGGCUUGAUAUGCCCUUACGACGAAAGACGGGCUUUCGUGAUCUCACCACUGCCGAGUUGCCUCCAGAAUGGAGCCGCAAUUGCUAAGGCAGUGCAAUAGCUAGCUAGUACUGCAGCCAGCACUAAUGUAUAGACUUGCACAGAGCAAUC